GCCAUAUUCCAGGUCAUAUUAUUAAUCAUACUGAUAAUCAUAUAAUAAAUAGGAAUUCAGCUGUCAAAUUGAUACGUAUCAAGUAUAUGUAUUCGACUGAUAGUUAGAACGAAAAUUGAAAAAUUGAUUCGUAAUGUUGGAUUUUGGAAAUAGCGGAUGGUAAUAUUAUUAAAUCUGGAUUGCUGUUAUUAACAUAUUUAAAUAAGUUUGUCAGAGGUCAAUAAAAAUGGGUGGAGUACUUGGGUUUUUUAAACCUGAACUCAGUGAAUUCCAGAAAAAGAAGCUAAUGCACGAAUUUCAUACAUUUUUUGAUCUGAAUAAAGAUGGAAAGUUGGAAUGGAAAGAUUUUGAUUUAGCAAGACAAAGAGUGUGUGAACUAAGUGGUUGGAAAGUCGGUACUGAAAAAUAUAUGCAAACACAGGAUAUAUUUAUAGAAAUAUGGAGGAAAUUACAAGAUGAUGGUGAUAGUAAUUGUGAUGGUGUUAUUACAACAGAUGAAUGGAUUCGCAUGUGGGAAUCUUUUAAUGAUGAAUGUAUGAAGAAAACCGAGAAAGAUGUUGAUGCGGCUAGUUUAGUACCAACGUGGUUAGAGAAAUAUAUAUUAUAUAAGUUUAACUUAUAUGACAGAACAGGAGAUGGGGUGAUAGAUUUAGAAGAGUAUGAAUAUGUCCUUUCUGAUUUCGGCGUUCCAGCCAAAGACGCCAGAGCAGCUUAUUUAAUGUUUUCAGAGAAUUACAACAAAAAGAUUGACAUAGAUUAUUUCAGAAUUUUAUCAGCCGAAUACUUCCGUUCAAAUGACCCAGGUGCUUUAGGUAACUUUAUCACAGGGAAACUAACCUUCGAUGACUGAAGUUAUAUGUGACUCUGUUCUAAACUUAAAACAAAGGUCACUGAUUAUUCAAUUUCUUUCCAUAAGGUACAAUUAAAAUGUAAAUUUGGGACUUUUUUAAUGACUUAUAUAUCGAUGUAUUUAAUGUUAAG